AUGGAACAGCCUUGAUUCACUCCCUAUCUUCGGGCGCUCCUCUACGGGCUCUCUUUCAACCGGAGCUGCACCAAUUCCAGACCGCCUUUGAAGAAGCUGUUGCUGAAGCUGUGGAUGCCGUCGGUUCUGGAGUUGCCGUUGUAGUUGUUGUCUAUGCUGGCGAGGUGCUUCACUCCACUGGGGAAUGGCUUCUUGCUGAUUCAACAUUCUCUGGAGAACAGCUGCAUAUGUGGCUGGAUUCCAAUGCUGCUGCGGCCUGGCAACCGGAGAUUCAAAAGUUGACCACCGCUCCCAGCGGUACGGAGCCAAUCAACAUCGUCGUGUGCACUCCGAGUGCUGGUGCCAAGACUCGUUGGCCAAUGCCAACCACCUCCUCAGGUAGCAUCCAAUUCGUGAUGCUCUCCAAGUCUCGCCGUCUGCCUGUGCGACUUCAAACCACGGCUUCGUGGCGGGCGAACGGGAAGCUUCCUGCCGCGCCGUCGAAUGCCACUGCAUUCGAAGCUCUGCAUGCGCUUAGUGGUGAACUGGCACGUCUGCACUGGGAGCACCAAUCAAAACUGCUCGCAGAAGUGGACCAGGAAUUCACUCUGGCUCAGAGAUCUUUCAAAGACGCUCCACCUGCUCUUUACCUGCUGCCCAGCGGUCAUGGAGGUGUUCAAACCCAGGCUUGUGGGCUAUUCGUUGUUCAGGGUGUAAAUGUUCUAUUGGGCUCAGCUUUUGCCAGCAAUAAACCGCCACAGUGGUGGCAACUGGUGCGCAGCCUAGAUCGUCUAGACACCGCUAUCUUCCCGGACUGGUCUGCAGCAAGCAUCCAGAGUUACCGAUUCCUUACCAAACACCUGCUUCACGCUACUUCCGCCUCAUAUUCAGCCAACUGGCUUGGCUGCCUUUUCACCCCAGCUCCCAUUGAACCAGGCGUUGAGUCGCCCCUCCUCCUCACUCCGCCUACAACAGCCACCGCAAACGUUGAUCCUCACCGCCUCCGCCAUUUGUCUGCCCAGUCCGAGCACACUCGCCUCUUCUACAAAAUUGGAGUGGGUGAACUCAGUCUCCGAUACCUGGGCAGCAGCGUUGGUGUUCUUUUAGUUUGGCAUCCCGCUACUGGUGAGGGGAAGGGUAAAUCGGUCUUACCGUUGACCAUCUUCCUGCCGGUAGUUCACUCCCCUGAGACCUCAGUUUUGCCAGCCAGCUUGUUGGCAGGGCUGGUUCGAAUGCUUAGGAAGGUACCAGAGAUUACUGUGGAGGGCUCCAAUGCAAUCACAACUGCGGCUCCACUAAAGAGAACAACAGUGGCGCCGACAGGAGCGAAACCACCGGGUGUGGCGGGUAAAACAGUCAACAGUACACCACCAAUGAAAGCACAUGUAAAUGGAACCCUGAGGAAUACAACUCCAGCGUCUACGAAGCCUCUGGCUUCGAAACCUACACCCACAAGAACACCCCUAUCUCGAGCCCCGCCGACCAAGCCUACCGCACCUUCAAAAACCGUGCCUUCCACUACACCGAAAUCUAAAGUUACAACAACAACACCUCGCUCAACAACUUCUACAAUUCGUCAUUCGACUACUACUACCACCACCACUCCGAGGGAUAGAGCAACUCAUCCUACCACAACCAGACCUUCUACAGCAAGCACCAAAACAACACCAUUGGCUAAGAAGUCGCCUGCUGAAAAGCGUAUGACACCUGCCUCUAAAACUGAAGCCAAGUUGGCUGAACAUGCGGCCAAAGUUGCCAAAGCGACUGCGGAGAAACCGGGUCAUGAGAUUAAGUAUUCGCCGGCUGGAAGACCCUCGAACCUGCCUCCAAGGCGCAAAGUAGGAGAAAAAACUGUGAUGGAGGAGCUUAACGAACUGCCAGAGGUAAUGAAGACCCCGGCAACAGACAGUCUUGCUGAGGUUGUGAAACCACACCCAGACCAUGAGACAGAAGAGGAGACUUCUUACCCAGAUAGUCUGCAUGCCGAAGAAGCAGAAACGAAAGAAGUCUCCAUGACACCAACUGAAGCAGAGCCUGAAAAAUCUGCGAUUGAUGUUGAGCAUCAUGAGGAAAUUUCAAAAUCACCAUCAGGCAUGGAUUUUGCAGCGCCUGCAGUUACAGAAAAUCAUGGCGCAAUCACUACUCCGGAAGCCGACGAUUCAAAGACACCUUUAGGAGUAGGUCUUGAGCCUGCUCAUCAACAGGAAGACCUAAAGGGUUCACCUGAAUCCCCGAUUGCCUCGGUAACUGAGAAAUCACCGGCUGAAAUGCACUUUGCUAUGCCUCCUACUGGUAUUGAAUUCCACAAAGACCUAGAAACGAAAGUGUCAACACCCGAAACUGAUGAACAUCACGAUGAAUUAGAAAUGGCAGAUUCAUUAGCUGCUGAGGCGAUGCCAAAGUCCCCCAUGGGAAUGGAAGCUCCAAUGCCAUUGGCUGCAGAUGAACACCACCAUGAAUUCCCUGCCCAUGAGGUAAGACCAGAGUCGCCUUUACAUAUGGAGAGUACAGAACAGUCUACAGAUACGAAACUUGUAACAUCGCCUGCUGAUAUUGAGCACCACCAAGAUAUAGAGGAGCCGAAAGUCACUGAAUUGGAAUCAAAGUCUCCGUUCCAUGAAGAAGUCUCGAAGUCUUCAACAGGAAUGGAAUUCACCGUGCCUCCUGGUGAGCCUGCGAUUCAAACUGACAUGGAGGAUUUCAAUAGACUAAACACCACAGAAUAUACUGAAGGCGUUAAAGAAUCAAGUGCCCAUAUAGGUGAAGCUGAAUCCACCUUCCAUGAAGAGGUUUCCAAAUCUGAAGAAGGAAUGGAACUUAGAAUGCCUAAUGACGCAAUUUCUGUACCUAUAGAUGAUGAUGAGUGUGAGAUACCACAUGGUGUUGAACAUAAGAAAGGUCUGGAGGAGUCGAAGUCGCCAGUGCAUGAGGACGUGUCGAAAUCACCAGCUGGAAUGACG